GGGGCAGAUUUUGGAGAAGGUGGACCGAAGGCUAUUAAUUUUCGAAACCACCUUAUUUUUCUAAUAAUAAGUUUACGAAACUGUAGUUUAUAAAUAGAACCUCCUCUAUUUUGUCCUCCUUUCAAAAUUAAACUUUUUCCUCACUCUUUCUCCCUCUUGAUUUUGAAGAAACUCAGCGUUGCAGAUUCCAAAUCUUUGAUUUUCGAAAAGCUAGUAAUCUUUGAUGGAGGAUUGCGGUAGCCGACGCUGGGAUGAGCUAUUUCCUGAUGCAUUGGGUCUCAUAUUUAAGAAUUUGUCACUCCAGGAGUUACUUGUUGUAAUUCCAAGGGUUUGCAAAUCAUGGAGAGAAACAGUGUUGGGGCCUUACUGUUGGCAGGAGAUAGACAUUAUGGAUUGGAGCUUACUUCGAGAUCCCGUUAGCGUUAUUACAAUGCUUCAAUUGUUGAUUUCAAGGAGCUCUGGUUACCUUCACAAGCUCUGCAUUAGUUCUCUCCCUAAUGACUCUAGUUUGUCCCUGAUUGCAAAACAUGGCAAAGCCCUUCAUACUUUACGGGUACCAAGAAGCGAAAUAACCAAUUCAACUGUAGAACAGGUUGCUGACAAGCUUUCUGCUGUAACUUUUUUGGAUUUAAGCUUUUGUAAAAACAUUGGAGCACCAGCCCUUGAGGCAAUUGGGAAGCAUUGUGUGAAUCUCAUAGGGUUGCGUAGAGUUAUGUGCCCUUUUGAAGCCAUUGACAGGUCUUCUCAAGAUGACGAGGCAAUUGCAAUUGCAUCAACGAUGCAUAAGGUCAAGCAGCUUGAGAUAGCCUAUUUGCUUAUCAAUACUGAAUCAGUUCUGAAAAUCUUGGAGAACUGCCCACAGCUUGAGUAUUUAGAUGUGCAAGGGUGUUGGCAUGUGAUACUAGAUGAGAGGUUCAAGAAGUUUUCGAAGGUGAAGUUGAUCGGUCCACUGGAAGAGUUUUCGGAGACGAUCAGAUGGGAUGGUUACUCAGAUUCUUCUAGCUACUUGGUUUGGGAAUUUGUGGCUGAUGAAUUAGAUGAUCAAUUUGACAUGCUGGAGUUUUUGGGAGAAGAUUACACAAGUGUGGAUGAUGAGGAGCAUGUUUAUCCUGAUUGGCUUGAGGAGUCUUCUUGAAUCUUGCUUUUGCCUAUCUUUGGCUACCAUUUCAAUGUCAAAUCCGAGAGAAAUGGUGACUUUGAUUUCACUUAGUUAACCAAAUAGUAGCAGCCCAUGAAAUUUGGUAACCAUUAUGGUUGGUUAAUUUAUCUAUUCAAGAUGCUUUCUCACAUGGAUAUUUUUACUCUUA